AUGCAGGAACUCCAUAUUCAUUAUGGUGUUCACACUCUUUUUUCCAAUAUUGGCUGGGAGCGCCUAUUAUCUGCGGAUUUUGCCACUUGUCCUCUACUGAACCGAGAGUUUUUGGCUACUCUUAGUGAGGUGAAUCAUGAGGGAAACAUAGCUUUUCGUAUCUUUAACACCCCUCACACUAUUCACGUCGACCAGUUAUGUACUUUUUCCAUACCCCUAUCACCAGUUUAUCCCAGCCCACUCCCCCUUUCAACGUCCAUUGAGACUAUGAAAGUCGGCAAAGCCGAGCUUUUUCUUUUGUGGUGCAUGAUCACCAGGUCGCAUCGCCCGCAUUUUGGUGAUGUUAUCAUCAAAUGUUUCCAUAGAGUUAUCUCCCUUCGCACCCGCGGUGCAAUUUGUUGUGGUGGUUUGAUUUUUAUCAUUGUCCGCGUCCUCACGGUGCCAUCUCCUCCGGGGUACACCUUUUUCACGGGUGAUUCUUUCCGUUUGACCCUGCAGACCCUUAGGUCUAUGCAUAUGCUUCGUCCUGCCCCAGGAGAGUAUGUUUGGAUGUUGGGUCGCUCCCUGUAUUUCAAGGUCACUGGACCUGGUGACAUAGCUCUUGCUGAACCCAUUAGCGAGACUGAGUGGGUGCUCUCUUCAAACAUCCAAUUACCACCUCGCCCACGUAGGGAACCGUAUGCACAAUCUGAUCGACCAUCUUCAUCCACUCAACACCCAGACUAUGCAGACGCCACACCUAUAUCCUUUACCCAUCCUGAUCCUAUGCAUACUGAUUUUCAGGAUCAGCCCCCACCCACUCAGCCAUCUCAACCUCACCCAAACUCCCCUUUCACUUACCAGCAAUUAUCGGUUAUGACAAUCAAAUUUCCGCAGACUGAUUUUUUAUUAUCUAAGGCUGGGGUCUCGAAUCACGGUGUCUUGGGUCCCCUGGUUAUGACACCUGAUGACUGA